AUGGCGUCCAAUGCUAGUGCACUCGAGUCGCAAACUCCUCUUCCUAGGCGGUCGGAUCGGAUCAAUCGACGGCGAGAUGUCAAGUGGCAGCAAUGGCCGGAAACCACAUCUCAGCAAAACCAGUUGGAUGCUGAGUGGUCAGACUGCAGUCUUCCCGACCUCGAAGACGGGUCUUUGAUUUCCUGGGGUUUUCAGCAGAGCCAGAAUGCGACGGGAGAAGGGGUUGUGGUCGAUGUUCUGUACGGCAAUGGAACCGACUUGCAUUGGCCGCGCGAUAUUGACGACGAUGAACUCUCGCGCAUCAUGGAGUUGCCCGCGCAUUCGCUGCGAGUAUGUUUCAUCAAUACCUUGAAAACCGACAACGGCUGGCUCCCAGGAAACUUUGACCCGCGUCAGAGAACGAUCCGCAUUCUUCGCAAGGCUGGACUCUCUGGUGUGCUUCUGUGUAAUCUCUACUCGGAGCAAAGUUACUGGGCCAAGAUGGGUAACCAAAGAUACAUGCGUUACGACAAUCAUGGACAGCUGAAAUCACUUGAGAUAUGUUAUCAGUACCGUUGUGGCUGGGACACAGGCGUGAGCUUCAUACAUGCGGUACGGGAAAAGCAGCAGACUACCUAUUUCUGCAUCAACUACCCGUCUGGUGCACGAGACAGACUCGAGGCCCUCUUUCGGCAUGAAAAGCGCCGUUCUGUCAUUCAUCGGGACUUCUUCCUCGACACUCUGGUGGCAGACGAUAGCCUGAAGCAAUGGCAAUUUGACAUAGGGCAGCGACGUCUGGUGCUUCUUCAAUUCGAGAAGACGUUUGAGAAGCCCCUGGUGGACAAGAGCAAGCGCAAUGUCACCCUAGUCAACGAGUCAAACUCCCGGCACGAUGUGAAGGGCGUCGCAGUACCUGUCAGAAAUCACUUGCAGAGGAACGAGAAGAACGAUAUCGAGCAUCAGCCUCGGUCAACCACCGACAAACGGCCCAGAUUCGAUACUGAUGAAUCUUAUACAGAACAGUUUCACACAAGCCUGGGACGCCCUGGAAGCGGCGAGGGACUGGACUUCGACAGCGCUACUCAAAGCCUACACAAGAUGGUACGCCACUGGCUUGGCCUGCGACAAGACUGCGAAGACCUUCUAGCCCAGCUCCGCUUCCUGCACGAGACGUACGUACAGGUCACCGAAAAGCGCGGCAAAGAGUGGCCCUCGGACCUCACGACGGCUGCAGGCGAAUCGUUCGAAGCGCUCAUCUCCCAGUGCGACAUCUGCGUGCGAUGGACACAAGCCUACCAUGACCGCACCCAAACCCGCAUCAACCUGCUAUUCCAUCUCGCAAAUCAACGGACAGCCGCUGACACGGCAAAAAUCGCGGAACAAACCCAGCGCGACUCCGCCUCGAUGAUCACCAUUGCCGCGGUGACGAUGCUUUUCCUCCCCGGAACGUUCAUCUGUGCAAUCCUAAGCACCACCUUCUUCGACUUUGGAGAGCAAGGUCUCCGGGUCUCCCGUCAAUGGUGGGUCCUGCUAGCCGCCACCGUUCCGCUGACCAUUGUCGUGUUUGGCGUGUGGGUGGGAUGGCAACGCAUGAGACGGCAGAGUCAGCAACUCAGGGUAGCGUUGAGGAAGAUCGAGUUGCAGAAGUCGGCGGUGGACAUGUAA